AUGGCAGCACCGAAGCCGUCGCCAACGGACACGUGGGAUUCAACUCUCCCAGGUCCUCCGAGCCGCAACAACUUCGGAUCCUCCGAUCUCAGCCCCUCCGGUCUCUUCGCCUUCGCUUCUGGCUCCUCCGUCUCCGUCGUUGACUCUCGCUCCCUCCAGCUCGUCUCCACUAUCCCUCUCCCUCCUCCUCCCGGCGCCCUCUCCCCCUUCGUCACCUCCGUCCGCUGGAUCCCUCUCCCUCUCCCCCGCGAUCUCCUCUCCACCGAGCCCUCCGCCUCCCACCUUCUCCUCGCCGUCGCCGACCGCCACGGCCGUGUCGCCCUCGUUGACUUCCAUCUUCGCUCCGUCGUCGUCUGGCUUAAUCCCUCCUCCGAUCCCAAGCUUGGCGUCCAGGACCUCUGCUGGGUCCAGGCUCGCCGUGAUACCCAUGUCCUCGCCUCCAUUUCCGGCUCUUCCUUUCUCUCUAUCUACACCAACGACGGCGUUUUCUGGAAGUACGACUCCGGCUCGGAGGUUCUCUCCUGCCUCCGUCGCGAUCCCUAUGAUUCUCGCCAUUUCUGCGUCCUUGGCCUCAAGGGAUUCCUCUUGUCCAUCAAGGUUCUCGGAGACACCGAGAAUGACGUCGUCAUCCAGGAGAUGCAGAUCAACACGGAUUCCACUGAGCUUCUCAGGCUGGAAAGAGAGGCCGCAAGCAAUGGCAAUUCCUCCUCGUCCCCUGCUUCCGCUGCCUUUCCUCUCUACUUUGCCAGAUUUGCCUUCUCGCCCCACUGGAAGAAUAUACUGUUCGUCACCUUCCCCAGGGAGCUCUUGGUGUUUGAUCUCCAGUACGAGACGCCUCUCUCCUCCACCCCGUUGCCUCGCGGCUGCGCCAAGUUUAUGGAUGUCUUGCCGGAUCCCAACAAGGAGUUGCUUUAUUGUGCUCAUGUCGAUGGCAGGCUCAGCAUUUGGCGUCGCCAAGAAGGAGAACAGGUGCAUGUCAUGUGUACCAUGGAAGAGUUUUUGCCAUCUAUUGGAAUGUCCAUCCCUUCUCCCUCAGCUCUGGCUAUUCUCCUCAGUCAAUCGGAUUCCACCAUGCAAACUAUUACAAAACUUCACCCCGAUGGAACUUCCUCUGUGGAUUUUGAUAACCCAUUUGACUUUUACGACGAAAGCCUUAUUGUCUCUAAGACAACUUUUAUCUCCCUUUCUGAUGACGGUAAAAUAUGGAAGUGGGUCUUAAGCGCUGAAGGAGUUGAAGAUGCUCUGAAGAAUGUGUCAGACUUGGACAUUGGCACUGAAGCAGCACAUCCUGAAGCACUUGAGAAAAAAGAUUCCUCAGAUCUGGAUGAGGGACUAGUUGUUGCAACUACAAGUCGAAGCAGAGGCCACACAUCAACUUCCUCCUUUGGCAAAUCAGACCUAUCAUUUAAGAUCAGCCUGGAUGGACAGCUUCAGCUUCUUUCUUCCACAGUCUCUACACUUGCUGUUCCAUCUCCUUCUCUUACAGCAACCCUAGCGAGAGGGGGUAACAUUCCUGCUGCAGCUAUUCCUCUGGUUGCUUUGGGAACUCAGAACGGAACAAUCGAUGUUGUUGAUGUAUCGACAAAUGCUGUUGCUGCAAGCACGUCGGUUCAUACAGGAGUAGUUAGGGGACUUCGGUGGCUUGGAAACUCAAGAUUAGUUUCAUUUUCUUAUAGUCAGGUGAAUGACAAAAGCAGAGGCUACAUAAAUAAGCUUGUUGUUACCUGCCUUAGGAGUGGGUUGAAUAAACCAUUUCGGGAUUUACAAAAGCCAGAGCGUACUCCCAUAAGAGCUCUUAGAACUUCUUCUUCCGGAAGGUAUCUUUUAAUUCUAUUCCGUGAUGCUCCUGUAGAAGUUUGGGCAAUGACCAAGCAUCCAGUCAUGCUUAGAUCAUUAGCUCUUCCUUUUACCGUCGUAGAAUGGACGCUUCCAGCAGUUCCACGCCCAGUUCAAAGCGGUCCGUCCAAGCAAUUUCAGCCAUCAUCUGAAGGAGUAACUGCUUCAGCGGACUCUAAGUCGGAUGGGUCGCAUGAGGAAACUGUAGAGAGUUUUGCAUUUGCACUGGUAAACGGUGCCCUUGGAGUAUUUGAAGUUCAAGGACGUAGGAUUCGAGAUUUCAGACCAAAGUGGCCAUCUACUUCAUUUGUUCCUUCAGAUGGGCUGGUUACCGCCAUGGCUUAUCGCUUGCCUCACGUGGUUAUGGGAGAUAGAUCAGGAAACAUAAGAUGGUGGGAUGUAACAACUGGACAGUCAUCUGCAUUUAAUAGUCACAGAGACGGAGUACGUAGAAUCAAAUUCUCACCUGUUGUUGCUGGAGAUCGCAGCCGAGGGCGUGUAGCUGUGCUAUUUAAUGACAAUACAUUCUCUGUAUAUGAUCUUGAUUCACCAGAUCCGGUAGCCCAGUCGCUUCUGCAGCCCCAGAUUCCUGGCACCCUUGUACUGGAACUUGACUGGUUGCCUCUGAGAACUGAUAAAAAUGAUCCACUUGUUCUAUGCAUUGCUGGAGCUGAUAGCACCUUCCGACUCGUUGAGGUUAUUGUAAAUGAAAAGAAGGGUGGCUUUGUGCCCCAGUCUAAAUCUGUAAAGGAGAGAUUCCGCCCUAUGCCUAUGUACUCCCCUAUCCUACUUCCUGUACCUCAUGCGCUGGCACUACGGAUGAUCUUACAGUUGGGAGUGAAACCAUCUUGGUUUAAUACUUGUAGCACCAGUUUGGAGAAAAGGCCUCAUUUGAUCCGUGGAAUGGCUUCAUCCUCUAAAGAUCUUCGGAGCUACAUGAUUCAGUUACCACCUUUAGGAGACCCUGUAGUGCCAGAGAUGCUACUGAAGAUACUAGAACCCUAUCGGAAAGAAGGUUGCUUAUUGGAUGAUGAGAGAGCAAAAAUCUAUGCUGAUGUGGUCAAGAAAGGUUAUGCUGCGAGAUUUGCUUUUGCGGCUGCAGUUUUUGGUGAAACCUCCGAAGCUUAUUUCUGGUUGCAACUGCCUCGGGCCAUUCGCCAUCUGAUGAACAAGCUGAUAAGAAAGUCUCCGCAGAAAAUCCCUUCUCCUGCUUCGGCCUCAGGAGUUGAUGAAGCAUCAAUGCGGAGUAAAAUAUCAUUUACUGGUUCAUCGGCACCUGAAGCCAGGAAGAUAGAUUCUAUGUGCGAUGGUUCACUUAGAUUAAUGGCUUUUGAGCGAGAAGAAUUAUGGACACGUGCCAAUGAACGUCUUCCUUGGCAUGAAAAAUUGGAGGGAGAAGAUUGCAUUCAGAAACAAGUACACGAGCUGAUAUCAGUUGGAAAUUUGGAAGCUGCUGUUAGCUUGCUGCUUACUUCUGCUCCAGAUUCUCCAUACUUCUAUCCAAAUGCUCUCCGAGCCGUUGCACUCUCUUCAGCUGUGUCUAAAUCUCUUCUCGACCUUGCACUGAAGGUUGUUGCAGCCAACAUGGUAAGGACGGACAAUUCGCUCACUGGCACUCAUCUUCUAUGCGCGGUUGGAAGACAUCAAGAAGCUUGUUCACAGCUACAAGAUUCUGGGCGAUGGACAGAUGCUGCUACCUUGGCUGCCACACAUUUAGAAGGAUCGGAUUAUGCCAGGGUAUUGCAGAGGUGGGCUGACCAUGUUCUCCACGCGGAGCACAAUGUGUGGAGGGCACUUAUCUUAUAUGUGGCCGCUGGUUCCCUGCAAGAGGCGCUUGCAGCUCUCAAGGAGGUGCAACAGCCGGACACAGUAGCCAUGUUUGUGCUGGCCUGUAACGAGAUCCAUUCAGAAAUCGUAAACGAGCUAUCAAGCCAAGACGAAGAUUCUACUGGGGAAUUAGGCACUGUAAUGACGGAUCUGCCAGGUCUAGAACCAGGGAAGGAAGAAGUAGCAGCGGUUUGCGAAUACUUUCAGCAGUACCAGAGAAAGUUGGUGCACUUAUGCAUGGACUCACAGCCCUACGCAGACUGAUCCAUACAAGUACAUGAGGGAAUUAUUUUUUUUUGAAGAAAAAUGAUGAAAAACAGGUUUUGGUAUUCAGAUAAAAAAAGAUUACUACUACAGUUGUGUAUGUUGUACCCUUAAAACACAUGUUCAUAGCUGUUUUUGUGUAAAAUUGAUUUUAAGACUCGGACAAAUUUUCCCUGCCUGUC